AGCUGGAACAAGUGGCUGGGCAGAGGGAAGUCUGGGCCUCCCUGAAGCUGCUAACCCCACGACCUGACCCCCAGAGCUGCAGUAGCUGCUACAGGUCGGUGGGUCGGUGGCAGCAGCUGACAGCCAGAACUGCUGAGCCAACGCAGAGGGGACUGACUGGACGCUGAUAGCGAACCAUCUCUGACCAAAGGCAAUAAUAACACAAAAAUGAUGAGCUUUCUACUCAGACAGCGAAUUCAACUUCCCGCAGCAUGGAGGUGGAAGAAGAGAAGGGCAGCAUCAUGUUGUCACUGCAUGACUUUCAGCACCAUCUCUUCUGGUCAAGACCCUGUCGAGAUCCAUAAGAGGAAACUUUUUCUGUGGUUCAGCCACCUUCCCAAAGAGGAGAAACAGUUUGGAGGUCUCUUCAGCCCAGAGACCAUGCAUGUAGAUCCACUUAUUAUGGAAAGAAAGGAUGAGGAGAGGGCAGGACUUCUCCAGUCACCAUACAAACCCCAGACCUCCUCUAGCCAUUCACUGACCGUGGAACAGCUGUUUGACCCAACCGUUGCCUGGAGUGAAGGUCGUGGACUCAAUGUGCUGCUGUAUGGUGCUGUGGGAACUGGGAAAUCUACAAUAGUUCGGAAGCUGGUGCUGGACUGGUGUGCUGGAAACACAAUGACUCGCUUCAAGUUGCUGCUUCCUUUCACAUGUGAAGACCUCAGUCAGCUGACAAAGGCGGUUUCUUUAAGAGAUCUGGUUGGCAGGAAGUAUCUUCAUUUGAAGAACCAUCCUUUACUCAGUGGGGAUAGAGACCAAGCUAAGGAUGUGCUUUUCCUCUUUAAUGGGAUGGAAAAGAUGCAACUUGACUUCCGAAUCGGGUCCUCUGAGCUCUGCAGCGAUCCCAAUGAGCCUCUUCCACCAAGUGUACUCAUUGUGAACCUCCUGAGGAAAUAUCUUCUUCCUGAGGCCAGUGUCUUAGUGGCCACCAGACUGUCUGCUGUGGAGCGCAUCCCUCAGAAGUAUGUGAGUCGUUAUGCACAGAUUUGUGGUUUCAGUGACCCAGAUCGCCAGCGUGCGUACUUCACCAGCCGCCUGCUGCAGAGUGACGAAGCAGCACACAACAAGGAGGCCCAGACACUGAUAGAGCUCCUUUACCUCAACCUGCAGAGUGAAAGCCAGUUGGCUGCCGCUUGCUUUCUUCCCUCUUACUGCUGGCUCACGUGCGCUACCUUACACUUCCUUCAUUUUACCACUCCUCAGGCCCCCAUUCGCACUCUGACCGGUAUAUAUACUAGCUUUUUUCGGCUUAACUUUGGGGGUGAGGUGCUGGACACAAGAACUGGGACAAGUCCAUCCUCUCAGGAGUAUCAAAGUUCUUUAAUGAGGUAUGUUGUCCUUACAGUCGGAAAACUUGCGUUUGAUGGUGUGAUGAACAAGCGCACAUCUUUCUCAGACAAAGAACUGGAACAGUGGAUUGGUGGAAAGACCAAGACGGACGAGGAGCUACAUCAGCUGGCCGUGUUCCAGACUGAUGUGCUAGACUUCUUCCUGGCUCCUUGUGUGAAGAGUGGAAACCAUUCUUCAAAAGAACUCCGUGAAGACGAUGAGAAGCUGUAUGUGUUUGCUGUCCCAGCCAUGCAGGAGUACCUAGCAGCUCUCUAUGUAGUUUUAGGGGAAAACAAAUCCGCUUUGCAGAAGCUAACCAGCCAGGUGUCUGUGGCCAUUGGUCAGGCAAGUGAGGAUAUCAGUGCCCUCAUGAACAUCUUGUCCAAGUUUAUUCCACUCAGGCUCUUUGCUAUAUUCAACCUGCUUAAGCUUUUUCCAAAGCUUUAUGAGAAAAUAAGCAGCUACAACAAAGGCAAAAUUGCCAGAACUAUGGCAGUUGAAAUGUUCCGCACAGAAGACAGCCAAAACGACGACAUUCUGGAUCAAGUGGAGCAAAGCCUUUUGGGAGUCCAUGGCCCACAGCCACAACAGUCUGAUAACAGCAAAUCUUUUGAGCUUUAUCCCAUCUUCAUGGGAGGACUGUUACAAUAUAGUAAUCGGGUACUUCUUCAGCAACUAGACUGCAACAUCCAAAGCACCACGGUUGUUCAGAUAACACAUGCCCUCAAGAAGCACCUUGUAAAAGAGCUAAGUAAGCCCCAGCCACCAGAGGAGCUGAUGGAUCUACUAGUCCUUCUGUAUGAGUUUCAGAAUCCCAGGCUGACUGUAGAGGUGCUGUCCUCAAUCAAAAGCAUUUGUCUAACCAACGUUCGGAUGACUUCACUCAAAUGCUUCAUACUGAGCUCUGUCCUUUCAUGCGCGUCUGCAAGUUAUCUCCUGAAGGAACUGGACCUGUCCUCCUGCCUCCUGACUCAUAACAUGCUGCAGAUGUUGGGGCCGGCUUUCAGGCAUGCACACAGCCUCAAUCUGCAGUUCAACAACUUGGGUCCUGAUUCCUGCAUCCUUCUGAAAGAUCUGCUCCUGGACCCCAAGACCUGCAUUAGUUCCCUACAGCUCUGUGAUAACCCCCUGCUGGACUCUGGAGUCCGCGUCUUGCUGGAGGCGCUGCCCCAGAACCAGUCUCUGAUCUACCUGUCCCUAAUGCACACUGGGCUGGGCAACAGCGGGGCUCUGGAGCUGGCUGAGAGACUGCCGCAGCACACGGGGCUCCAGGAGCUCAACGUGGCUUAUAAUGCUAUCAGCGACGAGGCAGCUGUGGCUCUGGUUGACGCCUGCAGGGAGCAUCCCACCAUCCACACCUUGCACUUGUAUCUUAAUCCCAUCACUGAUGAGGGGAAGCAGGCGCUGUAUGGCCGGGGUGUAACCGGUAACCAAGGCAACAACCAACAAGUCAAAGUCCUGGCGUCGGUCACUGAAGGGUCGGACAUCUCAGGUGGUUGGCACCCCAUACUCAGAGUGAUACAAGAGAACGCUUCAUCCUGGGACCACAAACAGGUCAAGCAGCAGCUGAAGGUUUUCCUCCAGGACCUGGAGUGGGGACGUGAGAAGCAAACAAGCUUCUGGAGGAGGCUCCACUUUCGCAAAGUGCAGAAAAAAGUCCAGGCGACUUUACGACGUUUAGAGAAGGACUCUUCUUCCAAGACCAUGUAAACCUCAUGAAGGUUCAAAAGAGCAAUUAUUUGCACAACAUUAGCAUCUGUAUUUUUUUUGUAGUUUAAAGGGGCAGUAUUAUGUAUUCACCAUGCACAUAAUGCCAUUAUAUAUCACAAUCAAGUGACUGUUACAUUCAGAUGUGUUAUAUGACUCUGUUUAAGACUUCUUGCUGUUUCUAACAGUCGGCCUUCAGCACGCGGUCGCAGCAUUUCUCCAUUUGCCCUUUAACAACGUUUUACCAGCACUGAACUAUGAAGUAACAUGUAUGACCUCUGCAGAUGUGCAGCUCCACCAGCAGCUGGCUGCUGCUAGUCGGGAGGAGCUGAUGGGGGCAGAAUUUUUUUUGGUACAUUUUUAUGAACAUUUUUAAGUGAAAAAAUCAGUGAUACAGAAAAAGUUUAUUGCCUGGUUGUUUAGUUUUGAGGGUAAAGGUCAGAAUUAAAUAGUAAAACGUCAGGCUGGAUAUGAGAAACGAUUCGAUGAUUUCUAAAUUAUCAAUGGGUCUAAUGUUAUUACUGAAUAAUGAACUGAAAUUUACUGCAUGGUUUGAUUUCUGGGAUCUAAUUGGAAUGUGUGUGGUAGACUUUUAUCUGUCUAUAUACUCAGAUUGAAUUGACUUUUUAUAUUUGAAGUGCCUUGAUGUAUUUAUUGUUAAUUUGUCACAUCAAUAAACUGAUCUAACC